AGAGAGAGAGAGAGAGAGAGAUGGAGAACCCGAGGGUCUACUUCGAUGUGUUGAUCGGCGGCGCGCCGGCGGGAAAGAUCGUGAUGGAGCUCUACGCCGACGUGGUGCCCAAGACGGCGGAGAACUUCCGGGCGCUGUGCACCGGAGAGAAGGGCAAAGGGCGCAGUGGGAAGCAGCUGCACUUCAAAGGGUCCAUCUUCCACCGUGUGAUCCCCGGAUUCAUGUGUCAGGGCGGCGACUUCACCGCCGGCAAUGGAACCGGUGGGGAGUCGAUCUAUGGGGAGAAGUUCGAGGACGAGAACUUCAAGCUGAAGCACACUGGUCCUGGGGUGCUCUCGAUGGCGAACGCUGGGCCGAGGACGAAUGGGUCUCAGUUCUUCAUUUGCACGGCGGCGACGCCGUGGCUCGAUUUGAAGCACGUCGUGUUUGGGAUUGUCGUGGAGGGGAUGGAUGUCGUGAAGAAAAUUGAGAGCUUGGGAUCACAGAGCGGCAAGACUUCGAAGAGAGUCACCAUUGCCGACUGUGGCCAGUUGUGGAAGCUGCCGAAGCGACAUUCUGAAAUGCCAAGGCAAUCCAAGGGAUUGAAAGCAAUGACUGGUCCAAACCCAAAGGUCUUCUUCGAAAUCACAAUCGGUGGAGUCCUGGCUGGCAAGAUUGUAAUGGAGCUGUUUGCCGAUGUAGUACCAAAGACAGCAGAGAACUUCCGGGCAUUGUGCACAGGUGAGAGGGGUGAGGGCCGAAGUGGGAAGCACUACACUUUCAAAGGCUCAACCUUCCACCGUGUGAUCCCUGCAUUCAUGUGCCAGGCAGGCGACUUCACUGCCGGGAAUGGCACUGGCGGGGAGUCAAUCUAUGGAGAGAAGUUCGAGGACGAGAACUUUGAGCUGAAGCACACAGGCCCCGGAUUGCUUUCAAUGGCGAAUGCAGGCCCAGACACAAAUGGUUCGCAAUUCUUCAUAUGCACGGCGAAAACGCCAUGGCUGGAUGAUAAGCAUGUUGUGUUUGGGAGCGUCGUGGAGGGGAUGGAUGUGGUGAAGCAAAUCGAAGCUGUGGGUUCAAAGAGCGGUGAUACGUCACAGACUGUCACCAUCAUCAACUCCGGCCAGCUCAGUUAGAUAUUAAACUUGUGUUUGCCAAAUGAUCAUCUUCUAUGUUUCUUCAAUUUGAUCUUUUUAAGUGGAAAAAAAAGAAAAAUACUUUGAUUGUUGUAGUUAAUUUAGUUUCAAAUUCAACAGAGAUUUACAUGACCA